CUUCGUGACACAGCUUGGGUAAAUCGAGCUGCUCGUGAGCUUGGUGUGAAGACUACUUGGAUCAACCAAUACGAACGCGCUCAGCGUGAAUUAUAAACUAGAAUUUCUUUAUAUAGACUUUUCGUUCAACAAAGACUGAAUGAAAUAAAAAAUGCUUCAUGAUAGCAUAUGAGAAUCAUAGACAAUGGCUUGCUGAUAGAAGUCCAAGUGAAAUUCUGCGAAUGCUAAGCAGAGUGCCACGGGAUCAAUAUAUUCCUAUUCCAGAAGAAGAUGUUGAUGAUAACGAGGAUAAUAACUUGAUCGAACACACUUCUUUUCCUCCUCUGAGCACAAAAAGGAGUCAUGAGUUGAUUGAAAGAAAAGAUGACUUUGUUGAGCGAUACAGAAAGAGGAUUGCAGAAUUAAAUCAAAAUGCAUCUUCUUUACAACAACAAGAGAUUGGAAAACCACUUGGAAUUGACUUUAGAAAAAAGAGAAACAGACACUUGGAUGAUACAGCUAGUGUGCUAAGCGAGAUGACCAUUCGCACAAACACAAACUACUCAGCAUUCGAUCGAUUAUGGCAAGAUGACACAAUGAGUGUAGCAACACAAACCUUACUACCAAGAGAAGAGGAAAUCAUGAGUCCCUUUUUUGACAAAAUAAGUCGUAAGAGUAGUCCUGAAAGAUUCAUAGAAGAGUUUCCUGCACUAUCUCCGAAAUUAAACCAGGAAGAGAUCGAACCAGAACCAUAUGAUCAAGUCGAGCAAAAGAUUCAGAAAGAACCAAUGAGAGAAGGAGAGAUGGACAAAGCAACGACAGCAGAAGCUAUAGAAACAAGUGCAUUUCAAGAUGAUUUCAUGGAUGAUAUGGAUUUUGGUUAUGCAGGAAUACAAGAUGAGAUUUUUGAAACAGAAGAUAUUAAGGCUAUGGAAGCAGAACCAUUAGAUGGAUUAAGUGUAUCAACUGUACGCCGGCGUACUACUACAAGAAUCAAUCCUGAACAUUCUUUUGCACGAAGAAAGAUAUUUGAUACUGCAAGUAUUAAUAUUCCAGCAAAAGACGACGCUAUUAGAAGACAGCAUGUCAAGAAGAUUUUUACAAACAAGAUUGCGAACAAUAAGAGAGUGCCAUGCAACGUCAGCACAUUUGCAAUGAUUACUGAUCUGUUUUGUGACCAAUUGGUUGACGAUUUGCAAGUGUAUAAACAGAAUUCUCCAGAGGGUCCAGAUGAAAUAACUGCUGAAGAUAUGAUUUUGUUAAUGAGAAGACAACGCAUGUUAAGCAAUAAAGCCUCACUAGAGUCAUUGAUUUACAAGCAUUUACCUAGGGAAUACUGGGAUGAUCUCAUUGUCUCUGCCUUGGCCGAUAAUGUGCUUUCCACUGAACGAGUUGGUCUAAGCACUGAAUAGGGUUGAUCCGGAUUACUGCUCCUUUUUUUGCCUAGCAAGGUCUAGAAAAGCAGUGACUAUAUAAGCAGAUAUUGUAAACUCUCGCUCAUGGGUCUUAGGUGUCAAUAAUAUCAUCGAAUAUAAACAUUUGUACAUGGAAGAAGCCUUUGUAUAUAGAUUUUAAUAUAAAUAAACUCGUCAUCUAUUUAAUGCCUUUAAAAAGCAACCAGUCCUCACU